CUUCUUCGGGCCCUCCUUGCUGACGUGGCUCGAUCGCACGCGUCGCUCGCACGGCCUUUUAAAUCUGCGAUCAAGCACUGCUCCCUGCAUGAUGGGCGGGCACAGCAGGACCAUAGAAGCACAUCUAUCAAAAGUCCGCUCUCUCGCUCGCUCACCUAGAUUUGGGACUUCAUCUUCCCGUGCGCUAACACCAAGAUCGACGAAUUGGCGCUAAUUUUCACAUCAGUCUCUAACCUUCGUGAUGUCGGUCGCCAUCAACGCUAAUGAGUCUGCUCAAGCGCCCGUCGCAAGAGGUUCUGCAGCACCCAUCCCUGUGGCUCUGAUUGGCUACGGCUCUUCCGCACGCACCUUUCACCUCCCCCUGAUCCUCUCUAGUCCUCAUGACUUUACUCUACACACAAUCCAACAGCGUCCGGGGAGCAAGUCUGGCCCGGACGCAUCAGCACGUUUCCCGGAUGUCAAGAUCGCGCCAACUUUCGAAUCGGUGUUCGACCACUUGCCAAAAGGCAGCCUGGUCGUCAUCACCACUGCCAACGCGACGCACAGAGACUUUGCUGUGCAUGCCUUGGACAAGGGCUGCCAUGUCGUGAUCGAGAAGCCGGCUGCGCUCACCAAUGAGGAGGCAGAGAGCAUCAAAGAGGCGGAGCGGAGGAACGGAGUGGUCUGCACCGCGUAUCAGAACCGCAGGCUGGACGGCGACUACUUGACACUUCUCUCACUACUCAGACCAUCGAGCAGCGAUCAUCCGUCGCCCAUCGGCGCUCCAGUCUCGGUGGAGAGUCGCUUUGAUCGUUUCAGACCCCUGAGAAAGGGGGGUUGGAGGGAGGAAAAGGGUUGGGAAGAAGGUGGAGGAGUGCUUUGGGAUCUUGGGGCACAUCUUGUCGAUCAGGCUUUGGACGCCUUCGGUGUCCCCGAGCGCAUCACAGCAUUUGCUACGUCUGGCCGAGACGCAUCGCACAACGUGGAGGACGACUUUUUGGUCCACUUCCACUAUCCUCCUUCUGCUCCUCUACCUCCUGACAGCAUCGCUCCACCUCCAGGCACCAAGCUUGGAGGAUUGAGAGUGACUCUCAGCGCGAGCUGUAUUGCUAGCAAGACGGAUGAGGAGCAAAUACGAUGGAACGUCUGCGGUACGCGCGGAAGCUACGAGAAGCGCGGAUUGGACCCUCAAGAGAAUCAAUUGAAAGCUGGCUCUACCCCUCUGGAUGCUUCGUUCGGUAGCUACGGCGAUUCUGAUCCUCUGUCCAUCCGUCUUGGACGUCUCACGACUUCCGCAGCACCAGCCGCAGUGCCCUCUGCAGGCGCAAAUGGCGCGACUCCCGUUCAGCCCUUGCUGACUGCUCAAGACAUUCCUACGUUGCCUGGAACGUAUGGAUGCUACUAUCAGAAUGUCGCUAGAGCCAUCAGGGGAGAAGAAAAGGUGUUUGUUAGCACCGAUGACAUCGUCAGGAACACCAAGGCUCUUUUGCUUGCUAGGAAGAGCGUGCAAGAGUGGAGGAGCAUCAGAUGGGACGAAGCAUGAUUCUAUAGGUCGGCUAACGGAAGCUGAUGAUGCUUCGAGAUAUGUAUUAGCGAGGAAAAAGGGACGCCGGUUUCAGAUUCAGAGCACCAAUUGGCCAGGGCUCGUGCUCAUGCUGUCCGCCCUAGGCUUUGAUCUGUAGCGCUCACGUGCCAUUCCCAGACCAGGCUCUAUCAUCUCAUUGCUAGACACAGAGAAACGAAGUGCGGCAUUAGCCCAGCUUUGCUUGCUGAAACCAUUGCUGAUGCCUGUGGCACAGUUCCUUGACAAUGGCUUCUUCGAUCUCGACUUCGCCUCCCAACCCCCCUCGCAAAGCUUCCCUCAUUUCUGACAGCCGCAACCAUCUCUCCUCCUUUUCCAAUUCUACGAAGACAACCUCUUCUUUUCUGCGUGUCAAAUCGUUGCCGAUGACCAAUUGAUGGCCGUAUCUCUCCAGAGCUC